AUGGAGCCACCUGAGUUUCCCAAAUCUCUGGCGAAGGUAUUGAAAUUCAAUGAGGAGCUGUCAAAGAGCGUGGAUGUGCAGAGCCGUGUCCAUGGUUGCAAAGCACUCAUCCUUUGGCCAGGGAAGGUCGGAGACAUCAACGCUCGUAGCAUCAAAGCCAAUUUCCUUAUUUUCAAGGUGAUGGGGCGCUAUGUGAAUGCAUCAAAGGGUGAGUUGCUGAGGGUGCCAGUGCUGGAAUGGUGCUUCAAGUGCCUCAGAAAGUACUGGAAGGAGUGGCUUUUGGAUUUGAUGUUUGCCUAUCUUCCUCAGCGUGAGGCAGGACAGGAUGAUGCAAAUGACACGGACGUGGAAGCGAUGCAUGAUGAUGGGGACGACCAGGAGGGUGAGUGUGAGGAUGAGCAUGAGAUUGAGAGCGGCGCAGAAGAGGAUGCGUCCCCAACAGACAUUCCCGAUGGUGAGAAACCAGAGCCUGCUACACCUGUCGCCAACGGGGUUCCCAGCGGAGUGGAUGCUGAUGGAAGCUGCGGGCCAGGUCCCACAGAAGAUGUUGGGCCGACUCUUCCGCCAGACUAUGAAUUGCCGGAGUGGGCGCAAGCUCCGCAAUCAGUUUCCGAGACUGACUUUGCGGAAUCUGGCCUUCAAACACUCCUGCUGCCACAUGAGCAGCCUGAGUUGCUGGAAGCGCUUCAUGUUGAGCCGCAUCACUUGACAGCCAAUGAGUCUUCUUCCCCGGGCAAGGACUCGCUAGAUAUUCUGAGAACAAAUGAGAACUUCAAGCACCACAUCUUGGACAAUCUGGCUGAGCGCCUGAAAGCUGGAGUUCAACCGUCUGGGGAUGAAUGUGUGGAAGAGGUGGCAAGCGGUUCGGCGGAGUUGAUGCGGGAAGUCAACAUGCUGAAGACCAAGCUGAUGUCCAAAAAGGUUCAGAAGUUUAACCCAGAUGUGAUGGAUACACUGCCAAUGGAUACUCAAGUCAUCAAUGAUGCUUGUCAAACAAUUGAUUUGUUUGCACUUGAUGUCUUGUCAUUUGUCAUGGAGAUUCCAGAUUCACAGGAAGCUGGACCCUUUGAGGACUUGGACAAGGAUGCAUCGAUGGUCAGGGUCAACGCCUCUGAGAUCAACAACGGUCAGGACAAGGAUGUCAGUGACGUCAGCAUGCAGCUGUCAGAGAUGGACUCCCAAAGGGGGCGGGGCAAAGGUCGAGGUCGGGGUAGACGUGUCAUCGAUGACAUGGAAGAGGAUUUGCCCCGGGUAGAUGGAGGUGAGGAGGGAGUCAUGGAGGAUGAAGAGGUAGUGGUGGUGGCCCUGCUGCUGCUUUUGUGGAAUGAGAACCUGGAUACUUCACGUGUCUAUGACUUUGCCGAGUUCUUUGCGGGUGAAGGGCGCCUGACGGCCUUGAGGGAAAGCGCCAUUCCACUGGCACGCACUUGGACAGAUGACCAUGGAAAGAAGCGCUUUCAGGGAGACAAGACGAGCAGCUUCAACCAGAACACAAUUCAUGUGAAGCAGUCCCUUCUGAUUGGACAAAUGAUCUUAGUGGAGAUUGCAUUUUGGUUGAUCUACCUUGUCAUGGUGCUCAUUCUGGGCGUGUAUUUGACCAUUGUGUCAGUGAAGAAGGAGGAGGUGGAUGAUGACUUUGGCGACUACAGCCCAGAGACGCGAAUGAUCUUACAUGCUCUGCCUGAUACACCUGAGAGUUUGGAGUUGAAACGGGAGUACUUGCAGAAGAAGAACCGAUACUCCAGCGGCAGCUGUGGUGGUUCUGUGCUUGGCCAUGGCCUCGCUGGGGUGGCCUCGCCUGUCCCGGAGAACAAGAACAAUGGUGAAGCGGGUUCUGUGCUUGGCCAUGGCCUCCCUGCCGCUACGGUGGCUCCGCCUGUCCCUGAGAACCAGAACAAUGGCGAAGCUGACCCUGAUGCUGAGACUGUCCCUGCUCCGCAUGCUCCGGUGGUUGCAGCGCUGGGCUCCACAAUGACACCGGAGAUACAGCCCAUGGUUGCCAAAAUGUGGGAACCAGUCCAAAAGGAGAUUGAUGAGAAGAAGCGACAAGCGGAGUUGGAGCUUGAAAGCACAUGCCAGAAACGCCAAAAAGUGGAGCAUGAGGUGGGGGUUUGGACUGCGAAGCUUGAGCAAAUCCAAACCAAAUUCGCACUAUUCGAGAGGGAUUUGGCAAAAGCUCAAGCCCAGUUGCAGGAGAGCUCCAAGAUGCAAACAGUCCUUGCUGAGAGGGAACAUGCAAUUCAGGCAGCGGAGCAUGAGCUUGAGAAACGGCAAGCGAAGUUUGAAGGAGAAAUGGACGCUUGGGAUUCACAACGCGCCGUAGUUCUCGCAGAGAUCGACACAAAGUUCGAUGAGCUGCGCCGGGAGGAGGUGCAGGCACGCCAGACUCAGAAUGCGGGACCCUUUGCUGAUCCAAAGGCGAGUCUCAGAGCCAAGAUUCAUCAAGUGGAUCAAGUGAGACCCUUGCUGAACAGUGGCUCAGCUGAUGCUUGGGGCGCAUUGUACAGGGUCGUCCGCAAGGUGGAUGUUGAUGGAAACCCUGUGAAAGACAUCUAUGACCCGACUGUCACCAAGUACUUGGUGCAAGUGAGAGAUGAUGUGGAACAGGGAGAUGAGAAACUCCAAGAGCUUCAGGCUGAGAUGCAGGAGUUGGGGUUGUGGAGCACAGACUUCACACUAGGAGACCUUCUCGGCGAGGAAGAAGAAGAUGACAAGGGGGUACCGGAAGCCAAACCAAAGCAGAAAUUGCCGGAGUACCCUGAGGUUGAGGGUGAGGAGUCGCUACCAGAGUAUCUUGGGCAGUACAAAAAGGCAUGUUUGUCGCGCAAAGCCUUGCUCAAGAACUCCAAAGAGAGACUGUCCGAGCCGGGCGCAGCGGCUGGCUUUGAGACAGACUUGAAGAACUUGGAGAAUUCAGGGGGCAACUUUUCAGCAAAAAGGCAAGCCUAA